GAAAUAUGAACCAUUUUUCCAUUUCUCUCUUUUUUACACACCAGUAUACUUGUUACUGUUUUCCAAAUAGGCGUUGCCAGAAGAAGAGAAGCGCAAGUACAAGAACAUGAGGGAUGAUAAGCGAGGUGACGAAAAACUUGAUUGUAGAGGAAUACCUUUGGCUGACAUAAAAAAAGAACAGGAGAAACAUAAGAGGAAAAUAGAGGAGAUGAGGAGCUACAUUGCAAAUAAUGUUUCUGUGUUGCAUUCAGGCAAAGCUCUUCACUGUGGUAAGUUCUACAUUGUGAGUACAUCUUACUAUGUGUUGACUGAAGAGGGCCACUAUUCUCCUGCUGAGCUGGGAUUAGUCCAGUUCUCUUUACAGAGAGGGAUUAUCAAGGAAUUCCAUAUGAUACUGAAACCGGUGAUCCCCCUGUCCUACGGUUACAUGGCCCAGGCUUACUCUGAGGCAAACCAUAUGCUCCUUGAGGAAGAGAACACAAGUGGUGAGGAGAAGGAAGAUGUGGCCGUGGCCCUCAAGGAGUUUGUACAGGAAGAGAGUAAUAGGCUGCCUCCGUUAUACACUUUGGAAGAGGAAAUGCCACAGGCUGAUGCAAUCCUUAGUGAAAUAUGUGGACCAGAUUACUUCAGUGUGUAUUCCCUAGACCAGCUGUUCCAGCAUUUUUACUCUGUGACUUUUGUUGACAAUCCCAUACCCUUGAGCAUUGCUUCAGACAUACUGACACACUGUAGCCUGGAUUACCACCCAUCCUUGCCAUGUGGAUGGCACCAGACAUACCAAAAGGAUGCAGGUCGAUACUGCUCCUUAUCUUGUGCAAAACGUUGGGUGUUUCACAUUUGCGAUAACAUGAAACUGUUAGACACCUUUGGUAUAAAGCCACAGGAGGGUAAACACCUACCCCAGCCCAUCCCAGCUUUUGGCACUGUGGUAGAUGUGCCCAGACACACCUUUAAGGAUUGCUCUGUAGAAAGUCGUGGUGCUAGUAAUUCCAGGGUUGACCGAUCCUAUGUAGCUGGUGCCUCCUCACAGCCAUGGCAGGUGGUUAAUACUUCUGGAAAUAGAAGCAAAGGAGUGCAGAAUAAACCCAAGCCUGAACAGAAUGAUGUAGGAUUUUCUUUCACAAGGAAGGCAAAGGUUGAGGCAGCCCCAGCAGGAGCUCCAGCAAGAGCUCCAGUGAGACCCAAAGGAUCUUGGAGUAAUGCAGUUACUUCCUCUUCUCCAAGAGUACCUACCUUGGCAGCCUCCUUCUCUGCUUCAAGUGUAGACACCUCAUGUGAAGAUGACUUCCCUGCUUUGGGAGCAAGGAAUGGAUUUUCAGGUAACAGUUGGAAUGCCCCAUCUCAUAAGAGAGGCCAGAAGAAGAAAUGAUAUAAUGGUUAUUUUAGCGGAUAAUUUUUAGUGGUGAUAAAGUAUACAUUUCCCUAAAGUUCAUCAGGAGGACAGUUAUGCAAGUGAUUUUUUUCCUCUACUUUUAGUUAUGGAAGCUUUAUUUUGUGUAUAGGUGAAGAUUCAUUUUGUUGUAUUGCCUUUUACUCUUGGUAAAAGCAGUUACGUCUUCCAAGAAAUAUUAAAAAAAAAAAAUCCAACUUUUUUUUUUUCUUUGGUUUUGUUUCAUUUUGAUAUUAUUGCUUUAGUGCUGUUUGAUUUAACUUCUUUUCAAAUGUAAGUAUUGUACAAGUUCUGCUCCCAGUAAUUUUUUUAUUUUAUUUUGAUGCACUUUUGCAAACAUGUAGAAAGUUGAAUGGUUUGUGUUGAAUACUUAGAAAUUUAGUCAAUGCUUUGUAAAGAUUAAUUAUGAUUGACUCUAUAUUAAUAAUCAUCUUUAAGAUAAUCAUGGGUUACAAGAAUGAGUCUUGUUUUAAAAUGUGUUGUUUAGCUAAUUUAUAUUACUGAACUGUUACCUUCUGGCAAGAAAGUCUGAUGCCAUUAUAGAUGUGCCAACUAUUUUUAAUGUAAAAAAUAAAGUUCCAUUUCAA